UGAUGUUGCAUGGGCCCGUUGCAGUUGACAGUUUAUUUUUAGUACAGCAUUGACGCAGUAGCAUUUAGCACACAACAGCAGAAACAAAUAGAACGCCAGCACUACACGAAGCUUAAAAUCGUUCAAAUUGCGAGAAAAAUGUUCCGUUCACUGUUGGCACCUUUUAACAAAUGCUGCUUCGGAAGCUCGGAGGAUGCCGCCGAAGAUGAGCCACAGGCGCAUGAUGAUUUGACUCAAGCGGUACCAGCAAUCAUUCAAGUCGAUGAAAUCACACCUUCCAGACCGAAACGCAUGCGGGAAGAUGAAGGGGACAAUUUGAGCGUAGCUGGUUGCGUCGAAAUGCGCAAUUGGCACAAAGAUCAAAAACAGGAAUCUCCCAUUGCGCAACAUGCUGCCGUUCCGGAAGGCCAAUCUAUUCACAAGAAACUCAAACCGUCGGAAGAAUUCGAAAUGGUGGAAAUGCAGCCUGGCAAAGUAGCGACGUUGGCGACCGAGAACAUCUCGACGUCGGCGACGGUUGCGCAGGAUGCCAAUGCGGAAGAGUGA